GCUUUAUUAAACUUUGCUUCAUAUUGGCAUUGUUUUUUUUGUGUCAUUGUCGUAUGUUGCGGCUUUCACGUGUUAGCCAUGCCAUCAUCGGGCGUGCGAUCCUCCUCCGAAAUCAGUUCGACGAUUUUUCAAAAAUACUUUCGCAAGCGAAAAUUGCUGGUAAUUCAAAUAUGUUUGACGGCAACUUCAAAGGUGGUGAUGGCCUCAUAGAUCCUAGCCAGCUGGCGGGUAUGCAUUCCGUGCUGCGUGCGAAUAUGAGCCCUGAGAUGCAGGACUCUAUGAAAUCCCUUAUGGAUUCCAUAAGCAAGGGGGAUGGAAUGCCUCAGGGAUUUGGGGUUAUGGCUUUCGGACUGGGUGAGAAUGAAAAGGGUAAAAAAGUCGCUCGUGCGGCGCGGAUGAUGUACGAUACGAAGAAUGGCAAACUUGAUAAAGACUUUAUGGAACAACAACUUGAGCCGGACGAUGUAAGCCUACCAAAGGAAACUGUCGAAGACUACAAUACCGAAGGAGCUAUUGAUGUGGAGUUUGUAGAGGAUCAGAAGAGGUUCGAGACAAAACCAGUGGAACCGAUUUCCGAGGCUGAAAUUUCAAUUGAAAGUGAAAGUGAGUCCCCUGAGAAGCACUAACCCCUACAUUGCCGAUGGAGGCAGAAAGGUUCUGAUUCCACUUUCCGCAUCUAAUUUUUUGCUUAUUUCCUUUCUGCAUUUUUACAGUUCAACGUCUUAAUAAUUUCUACUUUUGACGAUUCCACGACUAUAGCUUCAGUAUAGUCUUCUAAAUUAUUGUGAUUCUGAAUUCAUCCAGCAACGGAAAAAGUGAGAAAAUUGUUUCUUUGUUUGAUUUUUCGCUUCAUGGAACAAAGAGACUCAGUCGUAAUAUCUUGCAUUGGUGCAGUUAUUAUGACAAUUGAAUCUAAAAAAA